CUUCAAACGUAUAUGUGACGUAGAUAUCAUGCGCAGAGAAGCCACACGUGUUAUGUUUUCAUGGAGGUGGUUGGUAAUCUACUUCGGUAAUUUGUAAAUCGUAAUAUUCCAAAGGAAACGCAAUUUAAAUAAUAAGUGAUCAACAACAGCAGCAAACAUGGGGAAGAAACUCAAAGUUGGAAAGACCAGAAAAGAUAAAUUCUACCACUUAGCAAAGGAAACGGGGUAUCGUUCACGUUCUUCCUUCAAGCUUAUUCAGCUGAACCGAAAAUUCCAGUUCUUACAGAAAGCCAGGGCUCUGGUGGACUUGUGCGCUGCUCCGGGUGGUUGGUUACAGGUGGCGUCCAAGUUUAUGCCCAUCUCCAGUCUUGUUAUUGGUGUCGACUUGGUCCCAAUCAAAUCUAUCCCCAACGUGGUCACCCUGACAGAGGACAUCACCACAGAGAAAUGCCGGCAGGCUCUGAGGAAGGAGCUCCAGACAUGGAAGGUGGACGUGGUCCUAAAUGACGGAGCUCCAAAUGUUGGAGCCAACUGGGUGCAUGAUGCCUUCUCUCAGGCUCAUCUGACCCUGAUGGCUCUGAAGCUGGCGUGUGACUUCCUGGCCAAAGGGGGCACGUUUGUCACCAAGGUGUUCCGCUCCAAAGACUACCAGCCACUGCUGUGGAUCUUCCAGCAGUUCUUCAAGAAGGUGCAGGCUACCAAGCCCCAGGCCUCCAGAAACGAGUCGGCUGAGAUCUUCGUCAUCUGCCAAGGCUACCUGGCCCCAGACAAAAUUGACAACAAGUUCUUCGACCCCAAACAUGCUUUCAAAGAGGUGGAGAUCCAAGCCAAGGCUAUCAAAGACCUGGUCCCUCUGAAGAAACCAAAGGCGGAGGGAUACACAGAUGGUGAUCUGACCCUGUAUCACACCUUCUCAGCGACCGCCUUCCUCAAGGCUGACAACCCUGUGGACUUCCUGAGCAAAGCCAACGAGAUCAAUUUUGACAACCCUGAGUUGGAGUCUCACGAGGCCACAUCUGACGAGGUCAUAGAGUGUUGCCGUGACAUCAAGGUUCUGGGCCGCAAGGAGCUCCGUCUGCUGCUGAACUGGAGGUCCAAGCUGAGGAGAUACCUGGCUAAGAAGCUAAAGGAUGAGGCCAAACAGCUGGAUGAGGACAUCAAACUGAGUUCAGGUGAGGAGGCGAGCGAUGCAGAGGAGAAGAAAGAAGAGAAGAAAGAGGAGAAGGAGAAAAAGAAAAUGACGGUGGCUGAAAAGAAGGAAGAAGAGGCUGAGUUGGAGGAGGAAGAGAUGGAGCAGAAACUGGCUGAGCUGAAAGCCGAGGAGGUGGCAGAGCUGAGACGGAAGAAGAAGAAGCUUCUGAAGGAAAGGAGGAAGCAGAGGGAGAGGGUGGCACUGAAGAUGGACCUGCCGGGAGUCUCCAUCGCAGAUGGCAACGACUCCUCCAUGUUCUCCCUCGCAACCAUUAACAAGGCCACGGUUCUGGGUGAGCUCACCAAGGGGGACAUGAAGUUAGCUGAUGCCAUGGUGGAAGGGGAGGAGGACCUGUACUUCUCUGACGAAGGUGACAGUGACGAGGUCUCCCUGGUCUCUGACCUGGACGAUGACGACUUGGAUGAGAUCAUAGAGAAACAGAAGGAGAUGGCCAAGGACAAGGCCACCAAGAAAAAAGUGUCCUUCAGUGUGGAGAAGGAGGAGGAGGAGGAGGAGGAGGAAGGGAGUGGACUGAUAGUGGAGCUGGAGGGAAAGGAGGAGAAGAGGGACCGUGAGACCAGCAUGUGGUUCAGCAAGGACAUCUUCUCUGAACUGGAUCUGGACGGAGAUGCAGCGAGCGAGCUGCGACAGACACAGAUGCUACAGAAAAAGGACCCUACAGCCAAGGGGAAGAAGAGGAAAACCCAAGAGGAGCCUGAUACGGCCCAGCCCCAGGGGGAAGAGGCAGGGCCUUCGCAGGAAGCUGGGGCAGAGGGGGAUAGCGACAGCUACUCUGAUGAUGACAACAGCAGUGACGAGGAUGAUGAGAGGAGCAUCGCUCAGAUGAAGAAGGCUAAAGGGUCCGGCAGUAUCCAAGGAGACGCCGACGGCGACGACUUCCAGGUGGUGCCAGUGGAGAGCACCAGCAAGCGUGCUCGCAUCAUGAAUGCGGAGGGUUUGGCCCUGGGCUGUCAGAUCGCCACCUCCAAGAAGAGAUCAAGGGACCUAGUUGACGGCUCCUUCCACAGGUUUGCUAGCUCGGAGGACCAGUGCGAGGUGCCCGAGUGGUUCGUGGAUGACGAGAAGAAACACAGGAAUAAGCCUAUCCCCGUCACCAAGGAGAUGGUGGAGGAGUACAAGGCAAAAUGGAAGGAGAUCAAUGCCAGGCCCAUUAAACGAGUGGCUGAGGCCAAGGCCAGGAAGAAGAGGAGGAUGCUGAAGAAGAUGGAGUCAGCCAAGAAGAAGGCGGAGACCGUGGUCAACACAGUGGACAUUGGUGAAAGGGAGAAGAUGGCCCAGCUAAAGAGUAUCUAUAAGAAGGCGGGUCUUGGUAAGGAGAAGAGGGAGAUCACGUACGUCGUGGCCAAGAAGGGCUCUGGUACCAAGAGGGUUCGUCGUCCGGGCGGUGUCAAGGGCCAGUUCAAAGUGGUGGACGGCCGCAUGAAGAAGGACAUGAGAGGCAUGCAGAGGAAAGAGCAGCGCGAGAGAGGGGGCAAGAAAGGAGGGAAGGGGAAAGGAGGGGGCAAAGGAAAAGGCAGAGGUGGUGGUGGUGGUGGAGGAGGAUUUAAGGGUGGAAGAGGAGGGAUGAAGGGUGGAAAAGGACGUCCUGGCAGGAAAUGAGUAAAAGAACGCCGCUCUGUCCCCUCCUUUUGUUUUCGGAGGUUAAAUUAACUUUCCCCUCCAUUUUGUAUCUGAGAGUUGUCAUAUAGGCAAGCUAAGAUGGCUGCCACACUGCUGGUUCUGCUACAGUGGAAUUGUGGGUAACAAAACUUCCCUGGUGUACUUUGAGACCCUCUACCGAAACAGUGACCGCCGUACUGAAAAGCAUGAUAAAACAAUACAGGUAUCCUCCAAUCUUUUGGGUAAAUAAAAUGAGUGCUGUGUGUACAUCUUUCUAUGAGAGGAUGACAUACUUGCCUUACAUCCAGUGUUGACUGAAGCUGUUUCAGUGCACACCCUGAACCACUCUGUAAUAAAUGGUUUCGAUCAAGAUUUCACAUGAAUAGUAAUGUGUAUUAAAAUACAUGUGCUUUCAACAGAUGUUCUUUUAAAUCUUGUAAAUACUGAUGAUUUCACAAUAAAUUUCUUGAUGAAACAAGUUAA